GACACACUGACAGAGUCUUUUCUCAGUUAACUCUUGUGCUUCCUUCCACAGGCCAGUGGCAGGUGAUGGGACCAGACAAGCCCGUCCAGGUUAUGGUUGGGGAGGACGCAGUGUUCUCGUGCUUCCUCUCUCCUAAGACAAGUGCGGAGGCCAUGGAAGUGAGAUUCUUUAGACAUCAGUUCCAUGCUGUGGUGCACCUGUACAAACAGGGGAAAGACCAGUACCAUAUGCAGAUGCCGGCCUAUCGAGGGAGAACUGAAUUACUGAAGGACUCCAUAGCGGAGGGGCGUGUCUCCCUGAGACUGAAGAAGGUCACUCUCUCCGACACUGGUCUCUAUGGAUGCUGGUUCAGAUCCCAGAAUAAUGACCAGGAGGCCAUCUGGGAGCUACAGGUGUCAGCGUUGGGCUCAGUUCCUCUGGUUUCUAUCAUGGGAUAUGUGGAUGGAGGCAUCCAGCUACUCUGCACAUCCUCAGGCUGGUUUCACCAGCCCACAGUGAAGUGGAAAGACCCACAAGGACAUGAUUUGCCCUCAGACUCAAAGGUGAAUGCAGACAGACGUGGUCUAUUUGAUGCGGAGACUUCCCUUAUAGUCCAAGAAAAUGCUGGGAGCAUAUCAUGUUCAAUCCAGUACUCUGACCAGACCCCAGAGGUGGAAUCGAGGAUAUGGAUAAGAGAGGCGAUUUUCCAGUCCAUACCCUGGCGCAUGCGAUUUAUUUUACUGGGAGCAUUCCUCUCUGUCCUGUGUGUUGGUAGUAUUGGUCUGACAAUUUACUUCUACGAAUUGAAGGGGAAAGUCCAGGCAGAAUUGGACUGGAGAAGGAAGAAUGCAGUGGAAGAACUGAGAGAGGCCCGGAAACAUGCAGUGGAGGUGACCCUGGACCCAGAGACAGCUCACCCCCAGCUCCACAUUUCUGAUCUGAAAGCUGUGCGCUAUAGGAACAUUGGCCAGGACGUGACCUACUCGGACAAGAGAUUUGCAAGGAAGUGUGUGGUGGCUUCUCAGGGAUUCCAGGCAGGAAAACAUUACUGGGAGGUAGAAGUGGGACACAAUGAACUGUGGUGUGUGGGAGUAUGCCAGGACAAUGUGGACAGGAAGGUAACAUAUGCAACUUUGUCUCCCAACAAUGGAUACUGGGUGUUCGGACUGAAGAGAGAAGAACAGUAUCUCAUAUUCAAAACCUGUAGAAUCACCCUCUCUCUGAGUACACCCCCCACACGAGUUGGGGUCUUCCUAGACUACGAGGGGGGGACCAUCUCCUUCUUCAAUGUAAAUGAUCAGUCCCACAUUGACACCCUGACAUAUCAGUUUAAAGGGUUAUUGAGGCCCUACAUCCAACAUUAUGUGAGUGAUGAGAGAAAUGUGACUCCCAUAGUGAUCUGCCCUGUGUCUCAGGGAUAA